AAUUGAGAAUAGGUUUUAACAUGAAUGUUAUUGAUGAAUGAGGCUCAUGAAAGUGUUUGUAGGCAGAUUUCCAGCUUAAAGCGGACGUUAAUGCUGUGUGCUUGUGCUCAGUUUGUGGGGAAGUCAGGUGUUCAUCUGAAGCGGGAUUUCUUCCUGACUAACGCGUCCAGUGCUCGCUCGGAGCUCUUCAUUAACCUGCGGGAGGUGAGCUCACGCUUCCAGCUACCCGCCGGCGAGUACAUCAUUGUACCCUCCACAUUUGAGCCGCAGAAAGAGGCCGACUUCGUGCUCAGAGUUUUCUCAGAGAAACCUGCCAACUCAGAAGAAAUGGACGAUAAAGUCACGGCUGAUAUUCCAGAGGAGCAACGUCUGGACGAGAGUCAGAUUGACGCCGGGUUUAAGAGUCUCUUCAGACAGCUGGCUGGAAUGGACAUGGAGAUCAGCACGACGGAGCUGCAGACCAUCCUGAACAGAAUCAUCUCCAAACGUGAGAUCUUCAUGACUCAGUGGCUCUGUUUCAAACCCUAGUGAGCCGCUUCACUGUCUACACAGGCGGCUCACUUUUAAGACAGCAUCCUACUAGUUAAA